UGACCUACUUAGUCGGGCUUAGUUCGGCGGAGCGGGAACAUUUUACACGUUAUGAAAUAACGCUAUACCAAGGACAAGAUAUAUUUAUGAGUUACCAUCAAAGUCCCAAGUGAAGCAGUAGGACAUUCCACGAUUCCAGCAUCCUUUUAAAUGCAUGCAAAGACAUUCUUGAUGACAAAAGGGCACACAGUUUGACAGAGUGGUCAAAUCUGAAAAUGCAGUGAUUCUCAAUGAGAUGGCAGAGAAAACCCUCACUGACCCAACACUUAUCAAACUUGGAGGGAGAAUCUCAACAGGAGAUUGGAAUCAGCAAUCUAUACAGAAAAGAUGAGGACAUUGAACCAUACUGGGACAUGAGAGAAGAAUUUAGUAUUAUUGAAGCACACAAACCAUUAGUACCCAUGUUUAACAAAGCACAAGCAAAAUUACCACCGAGAACAGAGAAAUUGGUGAUGGACUUACAAGAUGUUGACUAUGAAGUGGUAUAUGAGCCAGGAAAGAAUGAUGCAGACCCAGAUUAUCUCUCCAGAUACCCACUGCCACAAAUGGGUGGUCAUAGUACAGAGAAGAUGAUCAGAUGGAUGGUCAAAUCUGAAAAUGCAGUGAUUCUCGGUGAGAUAGCAGAGAAAACCCUCACUGACCCAACACUAAUCAAACUUGGAGGGAGAAUACACUCAUUAUACGUGACUAUGUUUUAGUUAAACAGAACAAAAGAAACAAACUCUCAACACCAUAUGAACUGAUUUUCUAUGUCGUCAUGGCAAUACAUGGUUCUCAAGUUACUGCCAGAAGAGUUACAGACAGAAGAACAAUCUGCAGAGACACAAGUCAAUUCAAACUGUGUAACAAUGUCAUAAACACAACAGAUGAUGUAAUGAAAAUUCCAGCAGACUUGUAUUUGAAAGAAAACACAAAUGAGAUGAGAAGACAAGAUGAUGCAUAUGAAUUGCAACUUAGUGAUAUAUUACAGUGAAAAGUGACAUUGCAGCAACAGACACACACAAUAUUCCAAACUUAGAUGAUAUUGCAUUAAAUACAGAGAAUUCAGUUGAUGAGAAGAUGACACAGCAAGAGAAAAACAGUGAUCAUAUUGAAGAACCAAUUUACACCAGACCAAAGAGAACAAUUAGACAACCAGGUUACUUAAAAAAUUAUGUAUUGAAGAGACAGUUCAAUCAGUUAUAUGUAAUCAGGAUGAAGGGGGAUCGUUGUCCUGAAAAAGAGUAACCUGAGAUAAUUGAUAUUUAAUCAGGAUGAAGGGGAAAGCUGUCCUGAAAAAAAGUAAUCUGAGAUAAUUGAUAU